AUGAUGAAAGAUGAGUGCAUUUUGGUCAACUACAUGGAUGAGGUCAUUGGUCACAACAACAAAUACAACUGUCACAAGUUUGCCCCUGGCCAGCCACGAGGAUUGCUGCACAGGGCCUUCUCGGUGCUGCUCUUCGAUAGUGACAACAGAUUGCUGCUUCAACAAAGGGCAGAAAGCAAAAUUACCUUCCCUUUGGUUUGGACCAACACAUGUUGCAGCCAUCCUCUGUACGGAAUGAAACCAUGCGAAGUGGACCAGCCUGAGGCCAUUGCGUCAGGUGACCCGAAGGGUGUCAAGGCUGCAGCAGUUCGCAAGCUGGGCCACGAGCUGGGGAUUCCAUCAGCUGAAUUGGACCCUGCACGUUUCAAGUUUCUCACUCGCGUUCACUAUUGGGCUGUCGAUGUCAGAACACACGGUGACGAGGCAGUCUGGGGAGAACAUGAGAUAGACCACAUCCUGUUGUACCGGCUGAGUCCUGGCGAGAAGCUGACAUUGAAACCAAAUCCAGAAGAGGUACAGGCCACGCGUUGGCUGUCGCAAACGGACUUGAAGGAGGCCAUGCAAGGUUCUGGUGACAUGCCCUUGUGGUCGCCCUGGUUCCGGAUCAUCACAGAGCGACUAUUGGAUGCAUGGUGGAAGGACUUGGACGCUGCGCUCACCACGGACAAGUACGUUGAUGUUUCCUCGAUCCAUCGGUUCGACACUGCGCUGGAGUUCCACGGCGGGCUUGGCAAAGCAAAGCCUUGGUUGGACAAAGUGGCCGAGGUCGAGGCGGCAGCUGUGAAGGCUGGUGGCGAAGUGCAGAGGCGCAAGGCCAUGUUGGAAGCAGAGCAUGAAGACCGCAUCGUAGGCUUCGUUGGCAGAGGGAGGGCAGAAGUUGGAUCAUCUGCAGGCGAUGUCAAGCAAGGGGGUUACGGCAAGGUUCCGACGCACAAGAACCCCAAGCUGGACCAACUCAUGAGGCCUCUUGAGAUCGUCUCUGCCUUACGUUUGAAAUGCACUGGGCUUCUGGAGAAUAACCUCAAGGAUCAGCAGGACCCCGAUGUUGAGUUCUGUGAUGACAUGCUCGGAAAGGUGUCGAGGUCUUUUGCUGCUGUCAUCCGUCAGCUGCCGACACAAUUAGGUAUCGACAUUUGUGUGUUCUACCUGGCUCUCCGGGCCUUAGACACUGUUGAAGAUGACAUGGAGGCAUACAAAGGCCGAGAAGCAGAAAAGCAGGAGGAGCUUGUUCACUUUGGCGAGAGGAGGCUGACUGAUGUCAACUGCAGCAUCAAAGGCGUCGGCGCCGCGGACGAGCGCUUGCUUGUUGAGAACUUCGGGCGUGUGGCCCGCGUCUUUGCCAAACUGCCGGCAGGCAGUAAGGAAGUAAUCAAGGACAUUACUGACAAGAUGGGGGCCGGCAUGGCUGAGUACGUCUCCGCAGAUCUGGCACAGGGAACUGUGGACCAAGCGGCAUAUGACCGCUAUUGCCACAUGGUUGCCGGCCUGGUUGGGGAAGGCUUGACGAGGAUAUUUGUGACGAGCGGACUUGAAGGGUCUGAGCUUGCAGGACAAGGUGAGCGCACCUGGCCCUUCUGUGCUGACCCGAAGAAGGAGCCCGCCAACCUGGGGCUGGCCAACUCCAUGGGCCUCUUCCUGCAGAAGACGAACAUCAUCCGCGACUACUUGGAAGACUAUGUAGAUGGGCGUGCCUUCUGGCCUCAAACAGUGUGGAAAAGCUACGCUUGUUCUAACGACUUGGGAGAGUUCGCUCUGCCCACGGCCCACGGAGCAGGAACGCGCCUUGCAGUGAAAGCUGGCAGUGAUAAUCUUGCCAAGGGUGUGGGGGAGCAGGCUCUUCUCUGCCUGAAUGACUUGGUCGCAGAUGCAUUGGAGCUGGUGCCAGACUCGCUGGAGUACCUGGAACGUGUCAAGACUCCAUCCAUCUACCGCUUUUGCGCAAUCCCGCAGGUGAUGGCGAUUGCAACCUUAGCCGAGUGUUUCGACAACCCUCGGGUGUUCACCGGCGUUGUCAAGAUCCGCAAGGGGCUGACUGCUCGACUCAUCGUUGCAUGUUGCGAUGGUCCUGAUGCUGUCCACUUCUGGUUCAGAUCUUUUGCUGAAGAAAUCCUCUCCUCCGUGUCGAAAGGCAACUGCGUGGGAGCUGCCGGAGCAAUUGGCAAGCGGCUUGAAAAGGCCUGCCAACGCAUCCUGGAAAGGACUCAGAAGCGGUCAGAAUCCUGGAGCAGCAAGCAGAUGCAGAAGCGCUUCGUCGCCGGCGCCUUCACCGCCCUGGCCGUGUCCUCACUCUUCAUGCGGACCGCAGACCACACCUCCAGGUGA